AGUCACGUGACUUGAGUUGAUUGUUGUCAAUCAAUUUGUGUUGUUGUGUUGUGCGGUGUUAAUUGUUUUCAAAAUUAUAAAAGAAAAAGUAUAAUGGCAGAAAAAAGGAAACGUGGACAAAAUUUUACAAUCGAAGAUAAAAACAAGUUGAUAAAGUUACUGCUCCCUCACAAAGAAAUCAUUCUGAAUAAAAAAACAGACGGGGCCACAAAUGAGUUGAAGAACAGUGCGUGGAUAGAAAUCACAAAGUCCUUCAAUUCUUCAUCAGACCCACUCAGCUACAGAACUAAGAAAUCUUUGAUGAAAGUGUGGGAGAAAUUAAAAUUCGAGAGCAAAAACUAUUCUGCUCAAACUGAAGAUACGCAGACUGGAGGGCCAUUAACUUUACAAAUUGACCCUGUAAUGGAACAGGUGUGUUCUUUUCUUGGCCAAGAGUAUACAGGAAUGUCAGUGGCACCAAAUUGUGACGCUGACACUGGAUCAGAAACAGAAAAGACACAAAGAGAAGAAAUAUCAGUUUGGAUCCAGCCACAAAUAUAUGAGUGCGACAUUAUUGAUGACAACUCAGCCGAAGAACCUAAGGCUGAUGAUAUACGAGAACUUCAAAAGUCGCCUGUUAAUAAAACACCAGUAUGGCCACGAAGACGGUCACGGAUGUCAAGUAAUAACGAGCGGAAUGAGGCAACGUCAGUUUCCUACAGCAUACAAAACGUGAUUAAACGGAAGCAAACUGCUGCUGACCUAAGAGAACAGAUAUUGAGGGAGGAAUUGGAAUUUAAAAGGAAAUUGUAUCGUUUACAAUUGCGAGCAGCAGCCAAGGAAGUUGAAAUAAAAACUGCAAUUUUAGAUCAAAUAAAAGGUGGAGGCUUUUCUUUAAAUAGUUUAAUUGGGAUUUAA